AUGACUGAACAGCCGUACUAUGGUCCCGACGCUUCUGCAAAGGAUAUAUUCCUCGAACGUACAUUCGUCGCCGGUGAUGUUGUCACUGGCACAGGAUAUGGUAUUCAACUCGUGCUGUUCACCACAUGCGCGAAAUAUCUUUGGGAGAAGAUCAAGGUAUCGAAGAGAAGCAACACCUCAAGCAAAUCAUCGGCCUUUUUGCUGGCGUAUAUGGUGGUGUUGAUGAUCAUCGAGACGAUAUAUGUUGCGGUCCAAGCCAGGACUGUUCAAGACAUGUAUAUCGACAACAGGAAUUACCCUGGUGGGCCUUGGGAGUACUUCCUUGCCACUCAGAAUAAAGCCAUAAAUGUCAUGUUUUAUGCGACCUUGUUCUUGGUGACAUUGUUGUCGGAUAUGCUGGUGCUUUGGCGAUGCUGGGUUAUCUGGGGAGCUAGUGGAAGCAGGCGCCUUGCAUAUGCGGCCGUGGCACUUCCUUUUCUGAUGUUCUUAGCUUCCUUUGUGAUGGGAACUCUCUGGACCCUCCAAUCCAGCCAGCCCGGGCUAUCACUCUAUUCAGCUCUGCCCAGAGCCUACGGAAUGUCCUACUUCUUCAUCUCCCUCGGUGUCAACAUCGUCCUCACCGUGCUAAUUGUUUUCCGGCUCUUCAUGUACCGCCGCACCAUCCUCAAGCAUCUCCCUGAAGAGCAUACCAAGCGGUACUCUGGCCUGGUAGCAAUUGUCGUCGAGAGUGCAGCGGUCUACUCGGUCUUUGCGGUCUUGUUUAUCGUCACCUACUCGGUCGACAAUCCUAUCAACCAGGUUUGUCUGAGCUUGGCAUCCUCUUCUCAGCAAAUAGCUGGAUAUUGGAUCAUUUAUCGGACUGCCCAGGGGCGGGCGUGGACGAAACAUACGCUCGCUCAAGUUACGACCAACACUUCUGACAUCAAUUUUCGUGUUACGACUGCAGGAGAGUCUGUUCAAGUUUCCGAGACGCGACAUGGAAAUACGACAACGACACCGUUUGAAAGCGAAUUGACGUUGUCGGAGAAGAAGCCAAGUCCGAAAGUUGUGGCCUGA